CUGGCUGGCAGGUAUGUUGUGGUCGCGUGCUAGCUGCAAGCGUGCUGUGCUGUGGGGUUGGGCGUGAGUAUUGCUUGUUACGUUAACGAGGAACAGCGUCAAGAGUGUUUCGUUCGCUGAACGGCCUGCAGGUGCUAGUGAUCCCGCGGCAGUGUGACGUGGAAAAAAGACUUCGAGUCGCCGACGACCGCUGCAAUAGCGACCUAAAAUAAAGGCCGGAGGUCACCAAAUAGCGAUGGAUCCAGUGAAAGUUCUCAUCUUUGGAAGCAUAGCCACAGCUGAAGACUUCGAGAACGAUGACCUCUUCGUGCACUACUUCUUUCAUCUGGAAAAUGGCUGGACUUCGUCGUCGUCGCCGCUGUUCGGCGUGACGCAGUGUUCCCGAACCAAGUCCAAAGGACGCGCGGAGGUGGCGCACUUCUCACACCCAUUCGAGCUAGAAUUGGAGAACACAGCGGGCAGUUCAGACCAGGAAGGUUUUGCGGUGAUCGGCCGGCUGUUCAUCGAGGUGCUGUCUUUGGAUUGCUGGAGCAGGCUGCGCGCCGUAGGAUACGCAUACUGUGACCUGCUGGCGAUUCCCGGCCAGAGGGAGCUGUCCCUGCUCACGUGGCGGCCCCUGUCCCGCAGCUUGGUCUCGCGCAUGCGCAGAUUCUUCACGGGCGGAGACCCCCCUCUGGAAGACCUUCGCGUCUUGGGCCCGCCUCCCAGAGUUUCAGCCUCCUCCGGACAAAACGGUGACGCGCUGGAACGGAGCAAGCGGAUGAGCAGGUACUCGCUUCUCACGGAAUCCAGCGGAUCUGUCAAGGUGCUGCUGAACGUCGUGAGCCAGACCACGUUCAAAGCCAGGGAGGCCGAGAUUGCACGACGAGUUCUGGGGUCGAUCGGACAGGCAGGUGAGCGAGUCGAGCAUCACGGCUGUGCUGGCGUCGUUCCAUCGGGCCAGAAGCAGGAUGCUGGCAGCACGCGCCAGGCACACAGCCCAUGGCCCAGACCUGAGUGCUUCUCUGCUGCUCUGACCACUACAUAACACACACAAACUCUCGCAGAAACAGUGUCAAAGUAGCACACAGCUUGUAAAAUUGAGGUCUUGUCUAUCUGCAGACUAGUACUACACUCAAACCUCAAUAUAACAUGGAUAUAACGAAAUAUUGAUUAUAACGAAGUAAAUGAAAAAUAGGUUUGUAACAGAUACAGUGUGAGGAAUAACCUUCAUAACAAAUUUUCGGAUAUAACAAACUUGCUUUUUUGUAAGAUGCAAGCUUCGUUAUAAUGAGGUUUGGGUGUAGUACGUCAAAAAGUGAAUCUGAGAAAAAAAUUGAAUGUCAUUGAAGUGUUUGAUGCCCAUGUGAAAACAAAUUGUAUCCUCGAGUUUUUGCAUUUGGUCACACAGCUGCACUGGACUUUGACAUCUUUUUUUCUUUCUUUUUGAGAAUGCAUAAACAAAGUAGAUUGCAGGUGGUGCUCACAUUGUUGCACAUAUGAAGACACUACUGGGAUCAGCAGUGUGAACUCUCUUUGCUGUGAAUGACUAAUAUAUGCCAGGAUUUAGCUGCUAGCUGCAGGAUGCAUUUUGUCAUCAGGCCCAAAGGGUGGGUCAACACCCCUUCAGACUUCAAAUUAGCUCACGAAACACAAGGUAGAUUGCAGAUCAUUGGUCGCGUCCUUCAUUCAGCUGUGAACAAUGAAUAAGCUGUUAACAACCAAUUCAAAUAUGUUCUCAUCCUUCUCAAAAUACACUUCAAGGUGAGUAACUUGAAGAUACACCACAUAAAAAAUAAGACAGUAAUGACUUGCAUUCUUGUGGAAGAAUCACUUUAUGUGAUAAUUUCACAUCAGAGCACAGUUGCAUCUAGCAACAGUUGACAACAAAUUGCAAUAAAACAAUGAAUUCGGGUCUCAGUUCAGUCCAUAAAGCAUGAACGAUCUUGUUUAUGUUACGCAAAAGAGGUCAAUGAAAUCACAGUAUGAAUACAUCCAAUGAAAAGAAAAAAAAUCACAAGCUUAACAUCUUUGGUGGCAAUGGAAAUUGCCCUUUUCUAGAUCUCCAAGAUUUAGAGCUGUUUCACAUAUAAUUCUAGUGCCAGCUGUACAAUGAAAAAACUAAGAAGGUGUGCGUAAAAAGAAUGCAGCAAUUGAAUAAUGUUGCCACAAUUAGCCUUAUACAAAUUCAAUUAUGUAAAUAUAAACAUGGCUUACAAUCCCGAAAUACAUAAUUGGCCUUCGUUAAAAACAGAUCAACCUUCUUUGGCAAGCAACAAAAUAAUGCUCCAGUUCAAUUAUGACAAAAAGGAUAGAAUAUAAAAACAGAAAAGAAAAACGAAAUAGACAAACACAAGCAAAAGGUAAUUGGUUGUGUCUGUGAGAGCACUUAAAAAAGAUAAUGCGUUGUGUAGAGCGACUUGACACACCUAAACAGUGUUGUCAAAAUAGCCAUUGAAGAUUGAGAAUACCAUCUAAAUGUCAGCUGAUAAAAUGCACAAAUUCAUUCUGUACAUACUAUUCAAAUUAUGCAGUUCAUUUCUAUAAUCUUUUCAUAAUCAGAAAAUGGUAAAAAAA